AUUCCUGUAUGACUUUUUCCAGGAGUUUCUUGCUGUUUUACCAUGACAGACAGGCACAGGGAAAAAGACAGGGAGCAGACAACAGGGCAGAUCAGGCUGUUCCAUGAGAGAACACGGAGAGGAGGGUCCUGACAGCACAACCUACGUACACGCUGCUUCCCCCACUGACUUUGUGCAAACGGCAGCUCCUGGGAGCAGGAGCCAACACAGUGCAACCCACCAGGCUUUUAUCAAACCUCCUCUUUUUCAUGCAUCCUUCAGGUGCUGCCAUUGCCUGCGUUCCCUCCAGCAGGCCUCCCCGUGUCUAUAGCAACUGCAGUACACAGACAUCCUUACCCGUCUGACUGGUGGCAUGGAUGCACAGAGGGAGCCCAGAGGUGAGCCCUGCGAGAUGCAGGCAUGAGGGUCUAUGGCACGAGGGCUUUGUCUCUCCAGCAGCACCAGGCUUCUCCAGCGAUCUUCUCCACAACCUGCUGCUAGGCACCUCUUUGCUCAGGCUGGGGAAAAAGAAGCCUUUGUGGCAGCAGGGAACAUCCAAAGGGCAGGCCCCUCGCAGAUAUCCAGAGGUGGGAAAAAUUCCCAGCUGAGAGAUAAGGGGACAGCUGGCCUCAGGGAGCAGCGGAUACUUGAGAAGGAAGAAAAGCAGCAGGUGGUCAUCUCCAGGUUGGGGAUCCAGCUAGGAGCCAUCAAGGGAAACCCCUUCCUUGGGCCAGGCUGUUACCAGAGUCAAGAGGCAAGCAGCCUCAGAUACUCAUGGGGAAAAAAAACACUGAGCACAAAAGGCUACGUGAUAGGAGCUAGAACAGCCCAGCGAUUCAUAUCAGAGCCACAGAUGUACAUAUUGAGGCAAAAUCAGGGAUGGAACUCAGCUGUACUACCUCAACAAACCCAAUAUGUUUUCUGGCCCGGCUUCUGUAGAAUAACACCAUAUCAGGCGAGAUGUCACAUAAUAUACUGGACUGUGACUCCCGGCCCAGGAAUGUACCAGUCAUUCUGGAAUAAAGACCGAAAAUGCCAGCCUUCCUGUGCUCCAUUUUCCACUAAGACAUCACGAUUUCCAGAUAAGCCUUCAAAUAAAGAACUUUUCCCUGGACCUGGAACUUAUGACACAGACAAGCAGUUACACAAGAAGAUCACUUGGCCGAUGAAGUUUGGGUCUCCAGACUGGUCUUUAGUGCCAAUGCCAGCAAAGAGGAUGCUAAAAACAGAGGUACAGAAGCUGAUGGUGGACAGAGAAUUCAUCAAGCAUCGGAACCGCGUGGCCUACCUGAGUUUGUAUGAGAGCUGAGCUGAGGAGCAGCCAUGUUACAUCCAGCAGGGCCCUCAGCCUGCUCCGAGCUCCCAACCUGCUCGUGGAGAUGUUCACCUGCACUACCCUGCCUCCCUAAUAAAACCUGCUCAAAAAGAG